AUGAGCGGGAAUUGCGACGGUCGUGAAGGACUGGUUGUCAAGUUCAUCUGCAAAGAGUUCUGGUCUGCAGUGUUUGGAAAACAAGUGGACAAUCUGAGAACAAAUCAUCAGGGAGUUUACGUUGUACAAGACAACAAAUUCUGCACGUUGCGUCCUCUAGCCGAAGGGCAACAAUUUGUACGUGAUGCUGGUGCACUUGUCGCGUUCCCUUGUGGAACAGUGAGAGGCGCUUUAGCAAAUCUGAAUGUGAAUGCGGAAGUAACGGCAACGGUAGAAACUCUUCCAGCUGUUAAAUUCAAUAUUCACAUAGCGCAACGAGCAUAG